UACAUAUACAUAUAUACAGAGAGAGAGAGAGAGAGAGAGAGAGAGAGAGAGAGAUGGGAGGAGAGAGGGCAGAGCAGUGGGCAACAGUAACAGUAAUGGCGUUAACAAAUGUUGCAAUGGGGUCGGUGAAUGCGUUUGUAAAGAAGGCACUGGACGAUGAUAUCAACCACAUGGUCAUUGCUUCGUAUAGACUUGCCAUUUCUGCUCUCAUCUUGGCUCCCUUUGCCUAUUUUUGGGAAAGGAAAGUAAGACCAAGGCUAACAUUUUGGCUAUUGUGCGAACAUUUCAUCAGCGGUCUUCUCGGUGCAAGCCUGCUGCAGUUCUUCUUUCUACUCGGGCUUUCGUACACGUCGGCAACUGUCUCUUGCGCCAUACUCGGCAUGUUGCCUGCGAUUACGUUUACUUUGGCCCUCAUUUUCAGAUCGGAAAGCUUGAAUUUGAAGAGCAAGGCAGGACUGCUCAAGGUGUUGGGAACCCUAAUAUGCAUCAGCGGAGCACUCUUGCUGACGUUUUACAAAGGAUUGCCGAUAUCGAACCCUCGCUCUCAAUCAGAAGGUUUCUCGGACGGCUCACAACAGCAGCAGCAUCACGAUCCGAAGAAAUGGCUGUUGGGUUGUACGUGUCUACUCGUCGGCACCACGUUUCUGUCACUGUGGAUGCUUUUUCAGGCAAAGCUAAACAUCAGCUAUCCAUGCAAGUACUCCAGCACUUUCCUCAUGUCCGUUUUCGGCAGUCUCCAAUGCGCUCUCUUGAGUUUGACCCAAACCAGAGACCUCCAACGUUGGAUUCUCAAGGACAAAUUCGUCAUACUCAUCAUCCUCUACGCUGGAGUGGUGGGUCAAGCUAUGUCGACGGUGGCCACGUCAUGGGGCAUAAAAAAGAGAGGACCCGUUUUCGCAUCAACGUUCUACCCCGUCAUGCUCAUCUCCGCCACCUUAUUCGAUUUCAUCAUCUUACACCGUCAACUGUACAUCGGAAGUAUACUCGGUUCCGUCGUCUCUAUAAUGGGCCUCUACGUGUUUCUCUGGGGCAAGAACAAAGAUAUCGAGGCCGUGGCCAAGUUGUCUUCGCAGAAAGAGAACGACGAACAUGUUAAGACCGUAACUGAAGACGAUGAUACGAGGUUACAAGUUUAAUAUUCAUAUAAUCCUCUGUUUGUUAUUGAAUAAAGCAUGUAUUAUAUAUUAUUAUUGUUAUCUGUUCCUACACGGGAUUCAUCAGACGAUCAUAAUAAUAAUUCUGAUCUCGAUUUUUGUGCA